AUGGCUACCCGCAGACGCUCAGGUACCGCAAAGCCAAGCCCUCGCCGCGCUCGUCUUGUCUUGUCCUCACCCCUCCCCCCUUGCUCAUGGACCCCGACACACAACUCAACCUCCGAACGCUCCACCCAGAUCCACCUCUCCACUGUCUUGAACCGGAUGCGUUGUGUGCAGCUCGCUUCUCGCCGCCUCCUCCUCCUCCUACACACGCGCACACCACACCUGAGGAUCUCGACAUCCACCUGGCUGCAUCAUGGAUCAUGGCCACCCCCCCGGAAAGGCCCAUAG